AUGGAUUGUUUAUAUCAUAUUUAUCCAUUCGAUAGUGGUUUUAUUUUGCCACAAUGUGCUAUAGAAAAUAAUAUUCGCAUGAAAUUAGAACAGCGAAUAGGAACUAGAAAAGAUCGAUCGAAUAUUGUUAAUUUAUUUUUUGAUCUAACUCAUGUUAAUGUAUUUCAACGAACUUUACCAACAUUAUUUUAUAUACAUACCGAUACGACUUUUACUUUAAUAUCAAAUCAAAAUAUUAUUAUCAUUCCCGUAACAGAUAUAGACAAUCAUGUAUUUUUACAUGGUCCAUAUUCAUUCUAUUUAUUUUGGUCAGCGAAGAAAAAUAUAUUUCAACGUCUUGGUGAUCAACCUUCGAAUGAACUUCUUGAUAUUCUUAUGCAAGAAGAACAAGAACAACAUUUAAAAAGUAUCUAA